CAUCAGCCCCUUCUCUUAACGACGCGGGUAGUCCCGCUUCCGGCAGCACCAGAUAAGUCGCGAGAGGAAGCUUAAAUCCUGUCGCUUGCAUUUAGGACCACUUCGGUUCACAAUGGUGCGUAGUGGAAAAAAUGGUGAACUUCAUCUUAAACAGAUUGCAUAUUAUAAACGAACUGGUGAAUAUCAUCCAACUACACUACCAAGUGAGAGAAGUGGCAUAAGAAGAGCAGCCAAAAAAUUUGUCUUCAAAGAAAAAAAACUGUUUUAUGUUGGCAAAGACAGAAAACAAAAUCGUUUGGUAAUUGUUUCAGAAGAAGAAAAAAAUAAAGCCCUAAGAGAAUGCCAUGAAAAUGACACUGGAGCCCAUCAUGGCAUAUCCAGAACCCUUACUCUAGUGGAAUCCAGUUACUAUUGGACUUCUGUGACCAAUGAUGUCAAACAGUGGGUAUACGCUUGUCAGCAUUGUCAAGUGACAAAAAAUACAGUUAUUCUAGCACCUAAACAGCACCUUCUCAAGGUGGAAAGUCCAUGGAGUAUAGUUACUGUUGAUCUGAUGGGCCCAUUUCAUACAAGCAACAGAUGUCAUGUAUAUGCUAUAAUCAUGACAGAUUUGUUCACAAAAUGGGUUGUGAUUUUGCCUCUGUGUGAUGUUUCAGCAUCAGAAAUUUCAAAAGCUAUUAUCAAUAUAUUUUUUUUAUAUGGACCUCCUCAGAAAAUAAUAAUGGACCAAAGGGAAGAGUUCAUUCAUCAGAUCAAUGUUGAACUGUGUGGAUUGUUUGGCACAAAGCAAAUUGUAAUUUCCCAUGCCUCUCAGACUGCUAACCAAACUGAAAGUAUACCUAGCACCAUUAAAACAUUUCUUUCCAAACACUGUGCUGAGCACCCAAACACCUGGGAUGAUCACCUACCAGCCGUUUCACUUGCCUUCAAUCUAACUCACUUGGAGCCUUCUAAAAAUACACCAUACUUUCAAAUGUUUAAUCGAAGUCCUUAUAUGCCUGAGACUUCAGAUGUUCUCCGUGAAGUGGAUGGUGAUAAUACAAGUAUGUUUGCCAAAAUUCUGGGUGCAAUUAAAGAAGCUGAUAAAAUAAUGGAGAAUAACAUAACUUCAGUGGGCAAGAUGGAGAAUAACAAUGUUGAUGAACUAAAUAAAAGCAAAAUCAUUGUUAAAAAGAAACCAAAGCAAUUAAAUCCAUUUCAUCUAAAAGUGGGUCAUGAAGUUUUAAGACAAAGGAAAAAUUGGUGGAAGGAUGGUCGUUUCCAGUCCGAAUGGGUUGGUCCUUGUGUCAUAGACUAUAUCACAGAAAGUGGAUGUGCUGUUCUGAGAGACAACACUGGGACUCGACUUAAAAGACCUAUCAAAAUGUCCCACCUUAAGCCCUAUGUAAGAGAACCCAGUGACCAAGACAGCCUUUAUCUUUUACAAGGCUCCAUAGUUGCAGAUCAUGACUACAUUGGAUUGCCUGAAAUUCCAGUUGGAGCAUACCAAGCAAACAUUCUGGUGAACGAUGCAACCAUUGGUGUAGUCGAUAAUGAAUUACUGACACCAAGCAAGGAUCGUGAACUAUUAGACUAUAGGAAUGCCAAAAUCUCUCCAUUGAUAGAAGAUAAUAGUACUCUUGAAAAGCAGACUUUCAGCCUGUUGGACUCUUCAAACCAAGUCCUUGAGUACUUAAGUUAGUAAAUACCAAAGUUCGUUUAAAGCGCUUGUUUAGAAUGUAGAACUCCUUGAAUCUUGCUCUUUUCCAUCAAAAAAGUUUGUACAGAAGGUGUCUUAACUCCCUUAAUGACUAAAUCCUGAAGAUUUAUUUUAUAACUAUUUAUUUAUCUAAAGUUGUACCAUGUUUGAAUGUCAGUACAUGUAUAUAAAGGCAAAGGAAGAAUAUAAUAUAUAGAAUUCACUUUUUCUUGUAAAAUGAGAACUGGCAAAGAAUGCUUGUUUCUUAGGAAGUAAACUAAAAUUCCAGCUCAAAACUCUCAGAUCUUUGUCUGGUGUGGUACCAUGUUUUCAGUUUUAAUUUUUUUUACGAUAUUUGCCCUUUUAAAAAAUAAGUAUGAACUACUUAGAGUGGGAUGAAUACAUAUUUAUUCAACCAUAACAAUAAAUUAAGUGAAACUUC